AUGGAGUCGCUAUUUGUACGCUCGAUGGCGUUAGGAAUAGCGACAAAUGACACGCAGACACUGACUAGUGCCUCUCGCACAACGUCCGAUGCUACUUUUGCUGUAGCCAGCGAAAGAGAGGGAAUCAUCUGCGUGUACGCAGCUUCAUGCUCGGCACUAUUGCACGAGUUUGCAUCCAUUCACAAUCGCGUGUACGCAUUACAUUAUACAAGCUUUUCAGAUAGUUUAGUGACACUAGAGAGUGAUGAAAAGGGUGAAAAUGAUGAAGACGAGGGCGCUGAGACGUUUUUAUGCGUAUAUCACGACUGGCGAGAGCGUAAGAUGGUGCGGGGCUAUACUUUACCCCUUGGAAUACUGAAAAAUCUUUCAUUCAGUCACAAAGCUAAUUGUGUAGCUGUCUGCAGCUUCACAGGACGUGUCGUAGUGGCUAUGGGCACAGUGCUUAAUAUCUGGCAGUGUAGUCACGGAUUUUUUGAGCAUGUGAUGGAGCUCAAAGUGGAUAUGACACAACAUCAUGCCUUUCUAGAGGUAGAAUAUGUGGCAAUUCACGGUAUCUAUGUUGCUUAUGCUUCGCAGAUGGAAGUACGAGUCAUGGAGAUUCAAGUUAAAAGUUCUUAUGAUGUGGACAAGACGCCCAAACUGGAUGCAGUACUACUCCAGAAAAUGACGGCGUUGAAAGGAAGCAGUAGUAUAAAGAAGGAAGAAGGAGACGCAGUUCCUGAAGACUCGUCGCAAUGUGUGGAAAUAUCGAGUUUGGAAGACUUGGACGCGUUCGUAGAAGUUCCCGUAUCGUGGUCAGCGUACAGUACGAUAGAGAGAGAGACACGACGGGAACAGGAUGAGCAGCGAAUUUUUGAUGAGCAAGAGCAGAUUCCCAUGGUACUUGGACGCAAUGAAGCUCAACAGGAAGUGUGGAAUCUUGCAGGUCUGGUCAAAAGUCAGGACAUCCGCACGAACCAAGCCAUGUCGUAUUUCAUCGACGAAAAUGACGUGAGCGUGCUGUUGCGGCGCUACUUGCCGCCUAACCACAGUGUGCGGUCGUUAAAGUUUCUACCUGAAACCAUUGACAACCGUGUGUGCGUUGAGACUCGAAGCUACACGCGCUUGCUGGUAGCAACGGAAAAAGAUGCGUUUUUGUAUUACUUCUUGUCUGAAAAGGUCGAUUCAACAAGGAAGAAAAUGUCAAAGAAGGUAUUGGGCAAGACUGAGCGAACCAAAUCGAGUGGCAUGCACAAGCCCAUCAGAGUAGGAAAGGUCGUUGUGGGGCAAAGUCGAGACUUUUUUGCUAGUGUAGACGAUAAUGCGGGCGAGAACGAAGACAAAACAGACGGUUCGACGGCAUCGGGGCGUGUGGUUAUGCAUUACAACUUCACUUCGGUCGUUACCAGCAUCACGGCCAACAGCUCUUUCCUAUUUGUCGCAACGCUGUCGGGACUACAAGUGUGGUCCAUUUGGAGCCCAUGUCACUAUGUCGCAGCUAGUCGUGCGUUAAGCAAGUCGCUUGCGCCUCAGCCUUCACAGCCACAGCUUCUGUGCACGCAGCCCAUUCCGUACCCGGUAUCACAGCUUGCUGCACUCGACUCGUAUGUCGUCUUGCUCCCACAAAUGAACUCGUUGGCGUACCAAAUGUCAAGUAAUGUUGUGCACAUGGCUAGUCUUGCUGCAGCCGAGCGUCUUCCGAAGACAGAAUUUGAAAUGCGCUCACCUCUCGAUGUUAAGGUACACUCGCAUCAGCACAGCAUCGUGAUUUUACAGCAGAGCCCGCCUUCGUUGAUAUUUUCUUAUGUGCGUCAAGGUGUUUUCACCGAUGGUGCCAUGAGACCAUUCCAGAUCGACUUGCUGUUGAGCUUGUUUUCAUUGUAUCGAUAUCGAGCCGAUGUGGGUUUGGACUUGCUGCGUCUUGCAAUAAGUAAUGACGCAAUUCGAAAGGAGAUUGCCGCUUUGACUUUGGACCGAAAAGAAAAACUAGCACUUGAGCUCGAAACGAAGCUGUAUGAUCGUCUUGCUAAGGAAUGUGCGUCAGAUCUUGCAGCAAUUUUCAUGUCGGAGCAUCAUCGCAACUUAGAACGGGCUGCUCUUCUAUUUGUGGCGUCAAAUGUUCCCUCUAUUGAGGUUAUGCACCGUCUUCAGGCUAUUGUCGGCACUGUCGAUCGAUCGGAGGUUAUUAGAGCUACAGGGAAAUACCUGGAAGCAUUUGUGUUCCCGCCUCCUCAAUCGCUUACCGAUAUUUGUUCUGCUAAACUUGCACCAGGGGCAAAUGCAGCUGAUACCAAGUUUACACGAAAUGUGUUGUUGCACUAUGGCAAAUACUUUCCGGAGCAACUGUCUAGAUUGAUUGUCGAUUCGUCAUUGAAGUGGACGUUGAGAAACAUUGCGUUUGCAUUAGAAAAAUUGGAGGAGUCGUCUAGCCACAGCGUCCUCGUCAAAGUUGCUCGACUUGUACUAGUUCUCCGAGCAUCUGCCUUUUCAACGGCAGACUGGGAUGCGCUCAGUACUUCGGAAAAAUGUUUGGUCGAAAAUCUUUCCCAGCAAUGCUCGUAUGGCUUUACGCUUGCUUUAUUGGCCGAUCUAUUACAGAAUCACGUUGACGCUCUCGUACACUUAGCAGUGACGCAUCCAGAUCUACUUGUUCAGGAAAUUGCAAGCUGUACGGACAAGAAAGGUGCUUCAAACAUUAGUGAACGUUUUUCCUGCUCCAACCUGACGAAGGCGCUGCUGGAAAAUGCCGCUUUGAAAUACUUGGACAUCUUGGAGCAAAUAUUUAACAAUGCAAUUGGUCGCCAAGAAACAAUCCAGUCAGCACUAGUUUUUUGCUUGAGCGCAAUUGGUGAAGCUGCAGCUGGGUCUGCAACAAGAAUUGUUUGUGUUUUGAAUGGCUCGUCAUCUUCGUCGAAAGCAACAGACGAAACACUGUUAGUGACAUCCUUCAUGCCAGACCAAACUUUUGUGCUCCGAUUUCUGCUCUUUGUGCUUCAGAUGAUGCCAACUCUUGAAAAAUUGUCAGAAAAGGAGGAAGUUCGAGAUGAUGAAGAAGACUUACAAAAAGUGAAGGCAUCCGUGGCAGCAGAAAUAACACGUCUGUCCAUCAAGCUGAGCUCGUGCUUUGAAGGCUCGGUAAGUAACGAUGAGAACGGGCGAAUGGAGUCAAUCGUGUGCGACUUGUUUGAGCCAAUGCUUUUGGAAUCAGGUACCCACGCACAGCUCCCCGAUUGGGUACAGGAUUACUUGAAUACAUAUUGUCUACCAAAGACACCUAGGCUGCGCAGAACGCUCAAGUUUCUUUUCAAUCAGGCUCUAAAAUUACUUCACGACAAGAAUUCAAUUUGUCCCCAAGACGUGUUGUCAGCGUACGACGUGCUGGAUGUCAACAUUCCAGAACAAAUACCCUGGAAUCUCGAAAGUAAUUUGGCUACACUUGUUGUUCUGCUCACCUUGCCACGUGUAGCCAGAACGGUGGACGGCUUAAAGCUUAUUGCCCGACGCGCCGACUUCAUUGAUUUAUUCUUGCCGUACGGCAAGAGCUUCUGCAGCACUUUGGAAGAAUGGCGCUUUCUGAUCAGCACCCUGUCUGUAACGUCAGAGAAUUCAAGAGAGAUGGACAAAAGCAUGACCCACGGCAAGAGUGCAGUGUUAGAGAGUAUUCUCAACCUCGUGUGCUUAACUCUCAGCCCAGAAGAGUUGCUCCAGGUUCUGCCCGACGACGGCGAGCUGGAAGUGUACAUGUCGACGAUCGAGGCCAGCACGCGGUUGAACCAGAUGCGACAAAAGCAAAAGGAUAGCCAGCUUAUGAGUGCCGUUGCUACUUAA